GUUAACGUCUUUAAUCUGUCGAUCUCUCGAUUUCUCUUUUCAUAAGGAUCGAUCUUUAUCGUCGUCGAUAAUGUGUACAUAAGGAACGGCAGUAAUGGCUGUAUAGUUUGGUGGGGGAGAAUAGAGGAGCCAAAACGAGGUUAGACGACACGAGACUGCUUCUUGAGGAAAGUCAUCAGUAAUAGUCGGGAUAGCACUUAGUAUAAGCGAUCGCUGCCGUCUCUCGAUCGAUCGAUCGUUCAAUCAAUUAUUAUAAUAUGUUAAUUAUUAUCGUCGAAUGAUUUUCACGUUAUUAAAGUUAAAAAAUAACAAAAUAAUAUAUCAAUAAAUAAAAAAUAAAGUAAAUAGCGCGUUACGCGGCGUAACACACGUGGAAAAGUGUGUCGAGUAGUCAAUACGCGUUAGUGUGACAUUCAUUUUUACCUGUGUUUUACUUGUGCGUUAUCUUAUUCCGUUCAAUGUGUUUAUUCUUUAGGUGAAACGAGUGAAUCAAUAUAAAAGUGUGUACGUGCGUGUGUAAAUAUGAGUUUUUGGCUUCUUACGUUUGAAUUAUUAGAACAGAAUCAAGACAAAUUAUCAGUGCACGUUGUUCAUUUUCUCUCUCUAUUUUUUUUCCCGAAAUAUUCACAAUAUUCACAGUUUCAAUAAGAAGGGUCCUCGUUAGACUUAGAAACAAUUUAAUAAAACAAUUUCUUGUAUAUGAGAUUAUUCAAAUAAACGACUAACUAAUGACUUGUAAAAACAAAAAUCAAAAAACAAAUCACCAAAAAGAAAACGAAUAAAAGUGUGUGGACGGUGAUUGAAAAUUUCGUGUAUUCCUAAAGGAAGUAAUUCAUCUUGGAGAAGCGGAAAUAUGAGUGUCAUGGCGGACAAUAGUACGUGACCAUUUCUUCUCGCGGAGCACGCAACAUUUGGGAUUACGAAGAGAGACACAAUGAUGAUCCUCAUUCGAUGAUUUUUUUACUACAACGGCAUCCUGGAUCAAAGUCGUCUGUCUUUCUCUUAAUCGUAUAAAAUGCAAGCGUUUAGCAGACUCGCCUCUGGAAAUGUGUUCAAGAAGAAGACGAACAAAGUGUCAGGUGGUCCUUUACAUGGAAAUGCCUCACCUCCACCGACACUCAUCAACAAAGUCAAGUAUCAGCCUGGUGGACCUGUUAUCAAAAAGGAUAAAAGACAAAGCAGUUCAAGAUUCAACAUAUCAAAGAACCGAGAACUUCAGAAGCUCCCGCUCUUGGCAGAGACGCAACAGGGGAAUGAAAGAGAAGAACUUUUCAUACAGAAGUUACGCCAGUGCUGUGUACUUUUUGACUUUGAGUCCGAUCCACUGUCAGACUUGAAAUGGAAAGAGGUAAAGCGUACUGCCCUUCAUGAAAUGGUUGAUUAUGUAACCAAAAAUAAAAAUGUUAUUACCGAAUCAAUUUAUCCAGAAGCAGUAAAUAUGUUUGCUGUUAAUUUGUUUCGAACACUUCCACCAUCUUCAAAUCCAAAUGGUGCUGAAUUUGAUCCGGAGGAAGAUGAACCCACUUUGGAAGCAGCGUGGCCUCAUUUGCAAUUAGUGUACGAAUUCUUUUUAAGAUUGUUGGAAUCUCAAGAUUUCCAACCAUCUAUUGCAAGACGUUAUAUAGACCAAAAGUUUGUCUUACAAUUACUAGAGUUAUUUGAUUCUGAAGAUCCACGAGAAAGAGAUUUCCUGAAAACAACUCUUCAUAGAAUCUAUGGAAAGUUUCUCGGUUUAAGAGCGUACAUCAGGAAACAAAUAAAUAAUGUUUUUUAUCGAUUUAUAUAUGAAACUGAACACCAUAAUGGUAUCGCAGAACUUCUUGAAAUUUUAGGAAGCAUUAUAAAUGGUUUUGCUUUACCAUUGAAAGAGGAACAUAAAGUUUUUCUUUUAAAAGUGUUGUUACCUUUGCAUAAAGCCAAAUCGUUAUCAGUUUAUCAUCCACAAUUAGCAUAUUGUGUUGUUCAAUUUUUGGAGAAGGAUCCAUCUUUGACAGAACCUGUAAUUAGAAAUUUAUUGAAAUUUUGGCCAAAAACACACUCUCCCAAGGAAGUUAUGUUUCUUAAUGAAUUGGAAGAAAUUUUAGAUGUAAUAGAGCCAGCUGAAUUUCGUAAAGUACUGGACCCAUUAUUUAGACAAUUGGCAAAAUGUGUCUCGUCUCCUCAUUUUCAAGUUGCAGAAAGAGCCCUUUAUUAUUGGAACAAUGAGUACAUAAUGUCAUUAAUAUCAGAAAAUUAUUCCGAGAUUUUACCGAUCAUGUAUCCAGCUUUCUACAGAAAUUCACGUAAUCAUUGGAAUAAAACGAUUCAUGGAUUAAUUUAUAAUGCUUUGAAGCUAUUCAUGGAGAUGAAUCAAAAAGUAUUUGAUCAGUGUACUAAUCAGUACAAUCAGGAUCGUCAAAGAGAACGUAAACUUAUGAAAGAUAGAGAUGAAGCAUGGAUGCGCGUAGAAACAUUAGCAAUGAGACAUCCACAUUAUAAUAUGGCAAUUAAUAAAAGUAUGCCAAACAUUCCAUACAGCUUGACGCAACAUUUAGAUAGUCCUUCACCCGAUGAGGAUGGUGAUCCGGAUCAAGCUCCGCUCACUUUAGAAAAGAUUGAAGCUAAAGCUAAUGAGGCGAAAAAAAUAACAAAUGCAAAUUCAAUGAAACCACUUUUACGAAGGAAGAGUGAUUUACCACAAGACUCCUACACAAUACGGGCUCUAUCUGAUCACAAGCGAGCUGAUGAAUACCUUGUAACACCGCCUGAUCCGAAUAAUUGCUAGUCCUUACCUUAUUCUCUUCCAAUUUAUCCCCUAUUUUGUUGUAGUAAAAUCACAAGUUAGCUAUUUCCGGGGAGAUGGAAAAAAACGGCGAUAAACAUACGUUGGCAGUGUCUGCCUUAUAGAGCCUUAUAUUGUGCGGAAUCAAUAACAUUUAACGUAUAUUAGAAUUUGGUUUGCUCGUGCUAGAGAAAAUAUCUUCCUCUUAUUAUUCCCUUUAGAUUAGGAAAACAUGGAAAUUUGCAUGAAAAUAAUAAUGUCCAUUUGAUGCAUCUAGAUUACUUAUUUCUUUUCUCAACACAAAUCACUAAUUUAAGAAGUUGUUAGAAACAAAAAAAGAAGAGAAAAUAUUUAAACUAUGUAAUGUUUGAGAUAAAAAUAUGGUUAAAAUGGGCUCUAAAUUCAUUAGACAUGAAAUAUUUAGCACAAAAAGACAUUUAAAAUGCAAGUGUAUGCUAUAUGUAUAUAUAUAUAUAUAUGUGUGUGUGUGUUAUAUAUAUACAUACACAAGUAUAUAUGAUAUUACUGGUAUAAAGGACAUUAUUAAUGCUGUGGUUUUCAUGAAUUUGGUAUAUUCUAGAAAAGAUUUUAUACAAACGAGGAUACGGAAGACAAAAGGAGCAGUAUCAUCGAUAACGUUUACUCUGUGUUAUCAUUAAAUUAUGCUAAGCUAAGCGAGCUUGUUGUGUUAAUAACUAUGAUAAAUGAAGUUUACGUUUACGUGUACAUGGUGUAAAAUAAUCUAGAUUAUCGCUUUAAACACUUCCAGCUCGUAUUAGAGCAGAGAAAACGCAAGACGUUAUUACUUUAGAAUGUAUACGACAGUGCUAUUUUAGAAUAUCAAUCAUUAUAAAUCCGGAUACUUCUACGUGUACUACUAUUACGAUUAAUACUAUUACUAUUACUAUUAUUAUCACUACUAUACAACUACGAUUACUUUUGUAUCUGUUGUGCCUAGAUGCCUGUGGAAUAAAUUCACAGAAAAGCGCCUCUGCUUUCUCAGAAUGAUUGUUGUAAGAAACAUUAUAAAGAGCCAUGUGUGCGGCGAGUUACAUUUUGCUUUUUGCUAAUACCAUUAAUCGAUAAUCACAGAAUUUUUGGAUAUAGCUUCUGUAAUAUUGUCUUUGUAAGCUCGUCGCACUUAUUAUUGUUAGAUGAAAAAAAAAGAACAAAAAAUAAUAAGAAAAAAAUGCAGAGGUUAUUACGGCUAAAAGAUUAAUGAAAUCUAGUAAAAUAGAUAGAAAGAGCAGAUAAAAAGAAGCAUUAAAUAAAAUACAUUUAGAACUGUGCACUGCUGGCAGGCUGUUACGUUAUUAUCGAUAAAUCCGUUGUUGAAUAUAUAUAAGCGCUCGCGCUGAAAUAUUAGGAAGUGAUGCUAACAAAAAAAAAACAAAAAACGC